ACCAUGACCUAGUUUCUUAAAACCGUUGGUAUGGGAAUGAAUAAUUAUUAGAACCUAAACUACAAUUCAGAAAUCGAUAAACGUACGAAUAAUCAACACUUCUAAAACGUUUUUGCAAUACGAAUUUACGAAUAUUUGCGAUAAAAAUGUAUUCCGACCAAAAAUAUCUGAUACGGCAGCCAUCUUGUAAUUUAUUUACGCAGCAAUGAGUUUUGCAGUAAAAAUGGUGUUAACAAGUCAAACAGUUCCGAGUUUAUCCUGUUAUUUCGGUUUUCACGUCAUAAAUAUGUCGCCACAUCAUUAGAUGCCAUCAACUAGAUUGACUCACUUGUUACGCGGCGAUGUUGAUCUAAUUUUUUUAAUACUAUCUACAAGUAGGUAGGUCGAGGAGUAUAGUGAAGUUUAUGGCGUAUUCCCUACCUAGGCGCUGGUAUGUUGGAGAGAAUCUUAUUUGAAUGGAAUCACACAGCAACCACAGUGGAGCAAAUUAUUCAACGUUCAAGGUCACGGGUCGCACUGUCAUUAAAAAAAAAAAAUAGCGUCAAGAAAUGCAGCAACAACAGCACCAUCAACAACAGCCCAUCCAAAUCCAGAUGAGCCUGUCCCAAAUGACCAAGAUGACCGAUAUGGAGUUAAUGAUGGACGACUCGUUAGACAGCGCAUCGGUCGCCUCAUUGGAAAGCCAACUGCCGGCAGGCACGGUUCUGAUGACCGCCCAUUGCCCUACGGUGAUCACAUCGAUGGCCCAGCAGCAGCAACAGGUGCAACAGCAGCAUCAAAUGCAGCCGAUACAAGUGACCGUGCAGGUGGCUGCCCCGCAAUCGCAGCAGCAGACUGUCACGGUCGCAUCGUCGCCUGUUCCCCCUCAGCAAACGCAACCCCCGCAGGUUUCGACACCCUCGUCUUCGGGUAGCGGACCGCCGCCGCCGGUGCCGCAUACCCCUACUCCAUCAUCCUCGAAAAAGAAAUCGAACAAGAACAAAGUCGUAACCGGCUACAUCUUGUACUCGCGCGAGGUGCGCAAACAAGUGGUGCAGAACAACCCGGAGUCGACAUUCGGCGACAUCAGCAGGAUAGUGGGCAGCGAAUGGAAAUCGUUGCCGCAAAGCGAGAAACAGCUGUGGGAGGAACGGGCGAGCAGGUUGAACGAGGAAACGAAAGCGACGAUGAUGAAUGUCGCCGCAGCGGCAGCGGCCGCCGCCGGGGAAGACAGCACGUGCGCUAGCCCGCAGCCGAAUAUGCCGCCUCAAGAUCAGAUAUACGAAUGCCUGUGGGACACCUGCGACUACCAGUUCGAAGACACGAUCGAUCUGAUCGAGCACUGCAUCAAAGACAGGGAUCAACCUAGCCACGUGACGGCGUUCUUCCAGGAGAAUCCCGGUCUGGAAUUUCACUGUCAUUGGCGAAACUGCGCGAGGAACAGAAAGAACCCACAACCGUUCCCGAAUGCGACAAGGUUGAUCAGGCAUAUCAGGGAUAUGCAUAUCAAUAAGGGGAAUGGGAGGUCGGUCCCGCCUGAUAAGAGAAGCUCGAACUUCAAGCCUUCCAGUAAACCACAACCGGUUAGUCGUCCGACUCCUACUGCUACCCCUAUUCCCAGUGGAAUGGUAAACGGAGGAGGUGCAACGCCUGGGGGCGGAGCUGCUGGAGCGGUACUAACGGCGAAUGCACAGAAAGCUGCGGCUGCGGCGGCCGCAGCGGCUGCUGCUGCCGCGGCUGAACCCAUGUUUAUAUCGGUACCACCUAGGCCGCAAAGGGUACUACAUUCGGAGGCUUACAUAAGGUACAUAGAGGGGCUGCAGGCAGAAUCGAAACACAUAAGUAAUUGGGAGCGACAGCUUCAAGCGACUCAAGAGAACACCCCGGCGCCAGAUCCAGAAAAGCUGCACCAAGUCGCUACAUGGCUGGGUAACAAAAGGGAUCAACACGAUAAUGUUGUUGCAGCACUGUGGACGCUGCGUAAUCAGCUCCUUAAAGAUACAUUGGGACUUCACAAAACUUGUAAUUAGUACCAUUGGGCACUAUAUUGUAUCUAUGAUUGCAGUAUCAGAGCACACUGAUACAUUUUUGAGGUGCGACGAAAAGUGUUGAUGUGAUAAAUAGAUUCCUAGCACAACUUGUCCAGGGAAGGUCUUAUGGACCUUUGUAUCUCCAAAUGUCGUCUUGGUGUGUCAAUAGCACGCUAUAUUGAAAAUGGCUUUUGAAUUCAUGCUAUAAGCGAUGUCCACCCUUGAUGGAUGUGAGGUAUGCAUAAUAACCUAUGAGUUUGAGUUGGCAAAAAAUAUUUUCGAGUUUUUAGAUAAAAAUCACUAAUUGUGGACAUUUGAAGUAUUUAUUCUCUGUAUAGUGAAAAGUUGCCGAUUCAAAGAUUUUUUUUUCGUGUUGUGAAUACAGUAAUUCGAGUCUAUACAUAUGAAAGUUCGUUGAAAACAAGCACAAAAUAUGUCAAUAACAAGUUUGAAACACAAAAUACACUACGCCAACACGAAACACCUCCAAAGCGCAUGGAAUUAAAGGUUAUGUUUCACCCACAUCCGAAGCACGUGACGUCACGUGGACAUUACCUAUAGGGUCUGGUACAAUGUGUAAGCUAUUUCAUGUUAUUUUUCAAUAGGCGUCAGUCGAGAAUAUCCAAUAACUUUACUCUUUAGUAUUGCUAGCAUAUAUGUAUGUACAUUUUGAUAAACUUAAUAAAUAUCCUGGCUGAUUCUAAUGGAAUAAGUACACUUCUGACAGGUUCUAGGUGGUACCAGACCAUAAACUGUGAUAACUUUAAUGCUAUAGCAAAGAAGCAAAAUAGUCUAAUCAUAUUGGCAAAUUUCUCCGAAAUACUUGUGAAGUCCGGUGUUAUUGGUGCAAGAUGUUCAAGGGGGUAUUUGAAACAUGGACGCAUAAAAUGGGUAAACAAAUUUUUGUGGGAAAACUUUUUAUUUGAAAACAAAAAAUGAGACGUGUUUUUUGGAAUUCAAUCGAAAGUGUUGACAGGAACGAAAAAACUUUUCAUAUAAGAUUUUUAGGUAUUAAUGAGACCUACAAAGUGAUACCACACGUAAAUAGAUCCGACUAAUAGCAAAAAUGUUAUGGCCGAAAAACUAGGCAAAAUGCAGGUUUUGGCAUUUGUUGGUAAUGCGACGAUAAUUUCCCGCAACUACUUGAAAUUCUUCAAAUCCGUAGGAUUCAUCCUUCUAAAUAAGAACCAUAAAAUUGGAGUAGUUUAUCCCAAAACACCUGUUUUCCGGCCAUCACUACUAGUUUAUUGAGUAAUAUAGAGGAUUCGUUCAAAGAGCAUUUAAUAGCAAAGUACACUAGUUUACCUUGCCGAUAUAAAUCACAAACCAUUCCGAAAGAUAAGUGUUACUUUUAUGCGAAAAAAAAAGGUUACGUUUUUUUCUUCUAAACAAAAUCAAAAAUUCCGUAUUUGUGAGCAAUUGAACAAAUGCGCUACGAUAUUCGAAAAACAUACGUUGCUAUACACAUUUUAAACAAAGCGGAUGUGUCUAUCAUCUUUUGUUGCAAAUUACUCACAAAUACGAAGUGUUUGAAUUUGUUUAGAAGAAAAAACGUAACCCAUCCUUUUUUGCAUAAAAAUAACUUUAUCUUCCGGAACGGUUUGCGAUUCGUAUCGGCAAGGUAAACUGAUGUAUUUUACUAUAAAAUGCCGUUUGAACUAACCCUGUAUAUUGCUCAAUAAACUAGUAGUGAUGGCCCGAAACCGUGUUUUGGUGUAAACAAUUAGAAAUUCUCAAAAACCACUUGACCAAUCUACUCCAAUUUUGUUGUGGUUAUUUAGAAGCACGAAUCCUACAAAUUUGAAGAAUUUCAAAUAUCUACGAGAAACCCUCGUUGCAAUACCAACAAGUGCCAAAACCUGCAGUUUGCCUCGGUUUCGGCCAUAACUUUUUUGUCGGAUCUUUUUACGUGUGGUCUCAUUUUGUAGGUCUCAAAAAUUAUAUAUGAAAAGUUUUUUCGUUCCUGGUCAACACUUUCGUUUGAAUCCCAAAAAGCGCGUUUUUCAUUCUUCAUUGUCGAAUAAAAUUUUUCCCGCAAGAAUUUAUAUACCAACUUUGCAGCAAUAAAAGCAGACCUAACAAUUAUUUCGCAAACCAGGGGUAUUUUAGUAUAAUAUGAUUAGACUAAAUGGACAUUUUUGUCCCAAUGUGGAAGUGGAUUAUAGUAUAGAAGGUUUGAACUUCGACACGAUAAAAGAUGAAAGUUGCUUAAAGCAACAUCGCUAUACUUACAAGAGACUCGUAACAAAAUGGAGAUGACUUUCAUUUUAGCACCUGAACAAAUUGACUUACACUCAAUAUGGCGUGCUACUAAAAAUCAGUUUCAUGAUCUUAGAAACUCGAUUGUUUUGAGGCAUGUCUGAAUGCUACAAGACUUUGCAAACUGGUCUUAGAUGUGUCAGACUUAUAGGCACGAUAACUGAAAAACCUCAAUAAUACAUAGGGGUACAAACGAGAAGUAAUUCAAAGGUUAUCUAAUAUGCAUCUCAUAUUGUAAUUUUGAAAAUGAUCUCCACCUUCCAUCCCAUAAAAAAUCACUAGGUUUGAGAUAUUUGAUUUUGGAAGUAGAGACCAUUCAGCUUUGCUUCAAUUGUUUACAGCAAAGGUCUGUAAACUAAAUAAACUGUUCUCUCUUCCCUUACAUACCAGACUACAUUGAAAACUUGUGCCAAAAAUAAUUUUUGAAUUCACUUUGUGAUUUGCCAACGUUUUGUAUUCACUGGCUAUGUAAAUAUAUCAUCCACAUUUGCAAUUAUUUUAUUGGAAUAAUACCAUAUGUACAAUUAUCCCACUUUCAAUUGUCAGUAAACAUAAUAGGUUUAAGCUGAGAGUGUUUUUAUAUUGCUAUGAGGUUUUUAGUUGUAUAUUUGAUCCAAUGGGUGGUCAAAGCACAUUUGACUUUUGGAUGCAAGUUUUCAAUCUCGUGUAGUAUACCCUUUAAUUUUCGUUAAGGGAGCUUUGUUAAGGUGUAUUUAUUAUGUAUCGCAUUAUCUUGUAUGAUUUUUUAAUUUUAUAGGAACAUAUAAAAUAGGAAUCAUUUUUGUUUUAUAUUUUGUAAAAAUAAAUACUUUACAAGAGAAA